UUGAAGAAAAAAAAAUACACAACCGACACACUGUCAAUAUUGUGACAACUAAAAUAAAAUUAAAAAUUCGAAAAGAUAUAGAAGCAAUUACCACAGCGUGUAAUUUCUAGUCCUAAAUACAAAAUCACUUGAAUUUAUCUGUGUAGUUUUGUUAUAUUUAAAUAUUUGAUUGAUUAAGUUAUUAUCUACCCAGCAAUACCGGUAACAGCUGUGAACCCAAAACAAGGUAUGCCACGCCACGAUGAGCUUCCACGUUUCACUCGAUCGUUACGAGUAAACACAACACUUGAGCCACGACGAAUUAUCAAAAGUAGUUUAAAACGCGAUGCCGUUAAACUGCAACUGAACCGAUCAGCAAACAGCGGGAAUCCAACGUGGAAGGAUUUGAAAUUGUUUCUGAAGAAUCGAGAAAAAGGGACCGAUGCAAUCAAAUGUCUCAAUGAACUAUGGUCGAUGACCAGAGAUCUGAUCGGCCAGGAGGAGAAUGCCGAUAUCGUGGACGAUGCUGCACUGUUCCUGUUGAAUCUUUUCCUGGACGUUAAAAUAGCGUUGAUGAGCCAUUUGAGUGAAAUGAAGAAAAUCUUUGGCCCGGUGACCACUCAAUCAGCGAACAAGAUUUGCUUGCAUGUCGGGAAAAUUGGUCCAUUGAUUUCGUCCGACUGUAGGGAAUACCUUCGAACAAAAUCGAAUGGAAAAGCUGAAAACGACGACGAAAUGGUACCUGAUUAUUGGGGCAGUCACAUCACUUGUGAACUGCCCGAGUUUGUUUCAUCCGCCGACUUGAUGAUACUGCAAGAAUUUCCAAUCCAACCGCAGACAUCGAGAGUGAUUGACAAUUUUUCGAUGCAAUUCAAUAUGCCCAGCGAAGCGGAUAAACCAAAGUCGGAGUCGUUGAAUCGAGCUUGGCUGUUAAAGCACGUCAAUCCGGAUUUACUUGAUACACUUGUCGACGCAUUGAAAUCGUCUAAAUCGAACGAGGAGCUGCAGAACGAAAUUUUCGAGAUCGUCGGCUUCGACAAGUUUGAGGUGAUUCAACAGAUUUUCGAUAAUCGGAAGAAAAUCGUGCAAAAAAUCGAAAUCGAAGAACGAAAAAACAACCUGAAACUGAAAACCGCAAACAAUGCACAAAAGCCCGUGAUAGCUGCACAAGUUACAAUCCAAUCGGACAAGGAGAAACAACUGUUGAAGCAGGUCAGAAAGGAUGAGAAAAAAUUACGAAGUUUGAUCAACGCACAGGAAUCGGACGAAGAAAGUGAAGAGUGUCUGCUGGCAAAACUUCGGGUAGCCCAUCAAGACAACUUAUUGAAGAACGCCCAACGUGAGCCAAUAUUCAAGGAUCGAGCGAAAGCUGAAAUGAGAGCAAUGCUGCAGCCACGCAUCAAAUACCCGUACGUGUUCGAUUCGGAAAAAGAAGCUAAGGCACAUGUUGGCUUCAUAUCCGGCGGUAAGCUUAUGCUUCCGGACAAUGUGAAGCGUACCGACAACCGAAUGUUCGAAGAAGUGCAUAUUCCAGUGAACGAAUCACCCGUUCUGGGCGUCGGAAACAAUCGAGUGAGUAUCAGCUCGCUAGACGAUAUCGGCCAGGUGGCGUUCCAGGGAACGGAACAGUUGAAUCGAAUUCAGAGUGUCGUGUAUCCGGUGGCCUAUCACAGCAACGAGAACAUGCUGGUUUGCGCUCCGACCGGUGCAGGAAAGACGAAUGUUGCGAUGUUGUCGAUUGUACAUGCCAUUCGAGCGCAUACCGAUCAGGGCGUUAUCCAUCGAGACCAAUUCAAAAUCAUUUAUGUCGCUCCAAUGAAAGCUCUGGCUGCUGAAAUGGUAGAGAAUUUCGGGAAGCGAUUGAAGCCACUGGGGAUUUCCGUGCGAGAGUUAACUGGUGAUAUGUCGUUGACCAAAACCGAAAUGCAACAAACUCAAAUGUUGGUCACGACGCCGGAGAAGUGGGAUGUAGUGACACGUAAAGGUGCUGGUGACGUUGCUUUGAUAUCAUUGGUGAAAUUGUUGAUCAUCGACGAAGUUCAUUUGCUGCACGGCGAUCGAGGUCCUGUAGUCGAAGCGCUAGUAGCUCGCACACUACGUCUCGUUGAGUCAUCUCAAAGUAUGAUUCGUAUCGUUGGCUUAUCGGCUACACUUCCCAAUUACAUCGAUGUUGCUCGCUUCCUGCGUGUCAAUCCAAUGGUUGGACUAUUUUUCUUCGACUCUCGAUUCAGACCCGUUCCUCUGGCACAAAAUUUCAUCGGCAUCAAGUCGAAUAAGCCACUGCAGCAAUUGAGUGACAUGACAACGGUGUGUUACGACAAAUGUUUGGAAAUGCUAAGAGAUGGCCAUCAGGUAAUGGUAUUUGUGCAUGCAAGAAAUGCUACCGUUCGUACGGCCACUGUUAUGCGCGAAAUGGCCCAGCAAAAAAAUCAUCUCGGCCUGUUCGUUCCCGAUGAAAGUUCCGAUUACGGUCUAGCACAACGAGCGAUGUCGAAGAGUCGAAACAAGCAAUUGAUCGAACUGUUCCAAUGUGGCUUGGGCAUUCAUCAUGCAGGUAUGUUGCGCAGUGACCGGAUGUUGGUCGAAAAGUAUUUUGCCGACGGAUUUAUCAGAGUGUUGGUGUGUACUGCCACUUUGGCCUGGGGUGUCAAUCUUCCAGCCCAUGCGGUCAUCAUCAAAGGAACAGAAAUUUACAAUUCAAAGCAGGGCAGUUUCGUUGACAUUGGCAUUUUGGACGUUCUGCAAAUAUUCGGUCGAGCUGGUCGGCCGCAGUAUGACAAAAGUGGCGUCGGAACAAUUAUCACCACACACGAUAAGCUGAACCAUUAUUUGUCGCUGUUGACCAAUCAAUUUCCCAUCGAAUCGAAUUUCAUUCAAUGUCUGGCUGACAAUUUGAACGCUGAAAUUACUCUGGGCACCAUAAGUAAUGUGGACGAGGCGAUCGAGUGGUUGAGCUACACGUAUUUGUUCGUUCGCAUGAGAAUUAAUCCGUUGGUCUACGGAAUCGAUUAUGCUGAAGUGGAAGGAGAUAGUACGUUGGAGAAGAAGAGACGUGAAUUGAUUAGAGCGGCUGCCAUGAAUUUGGACAAGGCAAAAAUGAUUCGGUUCAAUGAACGUACUGGUGAUAUGAACGUUACUGAUUUGGGUCGAACAGCAUCCCAUUUCUACAUCAAAUAUGACACUGUUGAGGUAUUCAAUGAAACACUUAGGCCGGUGAUGAACGAGGCCGAUAUAAUAUACAUGAUGUCGCUGGCACAAGAGUUUCAGCAGCUGAAGGUUCGUGAUGAAGAGUUAACAGAGCUCGACGAUCUGACUCACGAUUAUUGUGAGGUUACCGUCAAAGGUGGCAGCGAAAAUGUCCACGGCAAAGUCAACAUCCUGAUGCAAACGUAUUUGUCUCGCGGUCAGGUGCGAUCAUUUUCGUUGAUCUCGGAUAUGUCGUACAUUACGCAGAAUGCUGUUCGAAUAGCACGAGCCUUAUUCACGAUCGAACUGCGACGGAAUAAUCCAAUUCUGUCGGGCCGGCUACUGAUGAUGAGCAAAAUGUUUGAACGCCAGAUGUGGGACUUUCAAUCGCCCCUACGCCAGUUCCCAAACAUUCCAUUCGAUGUGCUAGAAAAAAUUGAAAAUCGAGGACUCAGCAUCUAUGCACUGCGUGAAAUGAGCGCCAAGGAUAUUGGCGAAAUGCUUCGCAAUCAGAAGUACGGCGGACUGGUAAAAAAAUCAGCCGAAGAAGUUCCAUUGAUUGAUAUCGAAGCAUCGUUGCAUCCGAUUACACGAACCGUACUCCGAAUCCGAGUUACGAUCACACCAAAUUUCAAAUGGAACGAUCGAGUGCAUGGCAAGACGUCCGAAUCAUUUUGGAUUUGGAUUGAAGAUCCGGAAAGUAAUUUCAUUUACCACAGCGAAUACUUCCAAAUGACCCGCAAACAGACGCUACUGGAAGAACCCCAUGAAUUGGUACUGACGAUACCAUUGAAAGAGCCAUUGCCACCACAGUACUACAUCCGUGCCACAUCGGAUACAUGGCUGGGCAGUACGUCAUCUUUUCCGUUAAGCUUCAAACAUCUGAUUCUUCCGGAAUUGCAUCCACCUCACACUGAACUGUUACCGUUGAUGCCAUUGCCCGUAACGGUUCUGGAAGAGCCGUCAUUCGAGAUGCUGUAUCCGUUCACACACUUCAAUCCAAUACAAACGCAGAUCUUCCACUGCCUCUACCACACCGACAACAACGUUCUCCUGGGAGCUCCCACUGGUUCCGGAAAGACAAUAGCCGCUGAGAUAGCAAUGUUUCGAGUGUUCAAACAAUAUCCCAAUCGUAAGGUCGUUUACAUUGCACCACUGAAAGCAUUGGUUCGCGAACGAAUCGACGACUGGAAGGUACGUUUGGAGCGUCGAUUGAACAAAAAAGUUGUCGAGCUGACGGGUGAUGUUACUCCCGACGCCAGGGCGAUUCGCGAAAGUCAAGUUAUCGUUACCACACCGGAGAAAUGGGAUGGCAUAAGUCGAUCGUGGCAAACGCGAGAUUACGUGAAAGACGUUGCACUAAUUGUGAUUGACGAAAUUCACUUGUUGGGCGAAGACAGAGGUCCGGUGCUGGAGGUUAUUGUAUCUCGAACGAAUUUCAUUGCAUCGCAUACCAAGCGAUCAUUAAGAAUUGUGGGAUUAUCGACGGCGUUGGCCAACGCUAGAGAUCUGGCCAACUGGUUGGGCAUUGAACAAAUGGGUCUGUACAAUUUCAAGCCUUCGGUGAGACCAGUGCCGUUAUCUGUACACAUCAACGGAUUUCCCGGCAAACAUUACUGUCCAAGAAUGGCGACUAUGAAUCGACCAGCGUAUCAAGCGAUCCGACAAUAUUCACCGUGUACGCCAGCACUGAUAUUCGUUUCAUCUCGACGACAGACCCGUCUAACCGCACUGGAUUUGAUUGCCUUUCUGGCAGCCGAAGACAAUCCGAAACAAUUUUUGCAUCUGCCGGAGAAUGAACUCGAUCAAAUUUUGUCAAACAUCAAGGACACCAAUCUCAAAUUGACGCUGGCAUUCGGUAUUGGUAUGCAUCAUGCUGGUCUACAAGAACGGGAUCGUAAGACUUGCGAAGAGUUGUUUUUGAAUAGGAAAAUUCAGAUUUUAAUUGCCACGGCUACGUUGGCAUGGGGUGUUAAUUUGCCGGCUCACUUGGUGAUCAUCAAAGGAACGGAAUAUUAUGACGGCAAACUGAAACGCUACGUUGAUAUGCCCAUCACCGAUGUACUGCAAAUGAUGGGCCGUGCUGGACGUCCACAAUUCGGCAAUGAAGGCAUUGCCGUAGUACUGGUGCACGAUGUGAAAAAGAAUUUCUACAAAAAAUUCCUGUACGAUCCAUUCCCCGUCGAGUCGAGUCUACUGAAUGUCCUCCCCGAUCAUUUGAAUGCCGAAAUUGUGGCGGGAACCGUACAAACGAAACAGGCCAUUUUGGACUAUCUAACGUGGACCUACUGCUUCCGAAGACUGCUGCGAAAUCCAACGUAUUACGAUCUGACCAGCAUCGAACCGGAAGAUGUCAAUAAAUUUGUGUCGAAUCUGGUGCAAUCGGUUCUGGACGUGCUACUGGCAGCCGGUUGCAUUCAAAUGGACGUGGACGACCGUCACAUUACACCAACGUCAUUGGGAUGCAUAUCGUCGUAUUAUUAUCUGUCCCAUCAGAGCAUGAGACACUUUUCCGACACGCUACGCUACGACAUGUCAUUUGAGGAGAUUCUACGAGCGAUGUGUGAUGCUUAUGAAUUUGAUCAGCAGCCGGUCAGGCACAAUGAGGAUGUGCAUAAUGGCGAACUGGCCAAGCAAUGUCGCAUAAAAGUGGACCCGUUGACCUACGAUUCACCACAUACCAAGACAUUUUUGUUGAUGCAAGCACACUUUUCGCAUCUACCGCUACCGAACUCCGACUACUUGACCGAUACGAAAUCUGUGUUGGAUCAGGCGAUCCGAGUGAUUCAGGCUAUGAUUGAUAUAUGCGCAGAGCAGGGAUGGCUGGCGACCGUAUUACGAAUCCAACAACUAUUGCAAUGCAUUGUUCAGGCUCGAUGGCUCGACGAUCCGGUGGUGAUGACUUUGCCGAAUGUCGAGCAGCAGAACGUACCGUGUUUCCAGGCAUUGAAAAUUAGCUAUCCAAUUGUUACGCUUCCCGGUUUGAAGGAUCAGUUCUCCAGAAACUAUGAGAGUUUUGCCGGUCCACUGCGCACCGACUUUGAGGAGAACGAAAUUGAAGCCAUUUUCAAAGUGUUAUGUGAUAUGCCGACGAUUCAUGUCGAAAUCAAAGUUCGUGGUCAAUUCAAAGAGGAAUUAGAAAUCGAGCGACCCGUUAAGCAACCGAUAAGUAAAGACGAGUGGAUGCCUGUUCAUGCCGGUCAGGAAUAUACACUACAUGUAGCAUUAACCAGAUUGGGCAUGCGCAAUGUGAGCACCAUUCAUUGUCCGAAAUUCCCGAAAGGCAAAGAUGAAGGCUGGUUCCUGACGCUGGGCAAUCAAAGUGACGGUGAACUGAUCGCUUUGAAGCGGAUUGGUUACAAGAGCAGUCGCAGUUUUCAUCAGUUGACUUUUACGACACCGAAGCGAAUUGGACGAGUCAUUUACACUGUGUUUUUGUUGUCGGACGGAUAUUUGGGAUUGGACCAGCAAUACAACAUACAUUUGGAUGUUAUUGAACCGUGUCAUGUUCCUGAAGAUCGGAUUUUCCUGCCGAUGAAGUAAUAGAAUUUUCGCAAAAUUUACUUUGCAGCCGCACAACGACUUGUUAUGAUUGAGAUUAAAUUUCGUUAUUUUUACAAA